AUGCUCCGUGGGAUCUUCAAAUUAACAUUGUCCAUGAGUGCUUUGUUCUUAUUCGUCAAUCUGUUUUGGCACACGUCAAUCGCCGAUGCUUUACCAAUCCUAGCAGCCGAUAACGACAUGGCCAAAUCAAUUGAUGAUAUAUCACGUGUGUUUCCGGUCAAUAUUCAUACGGGUUUCUAUCCUAAAAAAUUACGAGCACCUAAACGAAUUAAAGCUGCAUUAGAUGGUCGUCUCAAACGUUUUCGUAUGCUUGAUCAAGAUGAAUUUCAAGAAAUGCUCAAAUCCUUAAGCCAUCAAACAGGUGAAGACAAUCAAAAAGCGUCAAACGGAAUCGAUACUAUCGGCGGUAUGCAACUUGCAAACUACUGGUCGCCCGUAUAA